AUGUCCGUAACAUGGCCGCCCCCAAACAGCCAGAAACCACCAGACGAUGAGCCUCUGAUUCACUCCCUACACAGAGAUACUCUCAAUGGCCUGCUCCGCGCACCCUCCCGACCUCACACACCCAAUUCUGUGAAAUUGCGCAGUCUGGGCGCCGGCUCCCAGUCUGGACAGCCCGCCGAUCCAGAGCCGAAUCUCGACGAGGAUCCGCAGAUAAUUCGAUUCCGCGCCCUGUUCGAAGAGGCCGAGUCCAAGAUCGCGAGCCUCUUUGACAAUGUCGGCCAAGUUGUAGCACCGCAGAGGCACGCGAUCGACAAUGCGACUCUGUUCGACUCUGCCACCGAGCCUGCGGACUCGGCCGCGGCCCCUGCUCCUAUAUCAAAAAAGCGCAAACUGGUCGAUGACGAUGACUAUGACGAUUACGACGACGACGACGACGACGAAGAGGAAGACUCGACACUUGAUGCUGUAAGGGCAUCCCCACUGCAAGACAAGCCAAACAAGGUACACAUCGUCGCCGGUGCCACGUCGUCGCCGAAGGCUCGCCCGGUCCUCCCCCCAAGUAUCACUCCCGAUUCCAUAAAAGCUCCGGCGAAGACGAACGCUGCCAAAUUAAAAGAGGAUGCUGAAGAUGCUCGCAAGAAGCUGGAAGAGGCCAAGCGCAAAGAGGCCGAGACUGUCAAGACAUUGUCGCGCACCAUGUUCUUCACCCUGGAAAACGACCGAGAUGCCAUGUUGGACCAGCAGAGGCUCGACGAGGCAGAGAGACGUGCCGAGGCCGAGGCUGAAGGGCACGCAAAUCGCCAAAAUGCCUCUAUGCAGCAGGGGAGCCUGAGCAAAGCCAACCUCGGCGCGUCCAGCUUAACGCUAAAGAAUCUGAUCGCCCUUCUCGACGAACAUCGUUCCAUGGUACAUGCGACCGAGUCAGAGCUGCGCGCGCUCAUGAGUGAGGUUCGGAAGAAUCGAAGCAAAUGGGCAAGCGAAGACAAAGUUGGUCAAGAAGAACUUUACGAGUCAGCGGAAAAGGUCCUUACCGAGCUCAAGGCCCAUACGGAGCAUUCGUUCCCCUUCCUCAACCCUGUCAAAAAGAAGGAUGCUCCUGACUAUUACCUUGUUAUCAAGCAGCCCAUGGACCUGGGCACCAUGACCAAAAAGCUCAAGCAGCUUGCUUACAAGUCCAAGAAGGAAUUUGUGGAUGACCUUACCCAGAUCUGGAAGAACUGCUUGAAGUUCAACAGCAACCCUGAUCAUGUCUUUCGGAAGCACGCGCUCUUUAUGCAAAAAGAAACUGAUAAGCUUGUUCCCUUGAUCCCUGAUAUCGUCAUUCGAGACCGGGCCGAGGUAGAAGCCGAGGAGAGAAGACAGCAGAUUGCCAAUGGGGAGCUUGAUGAUGCAGAGGAGAGUGAUGACGAACCGAUCAUGUCUUCGCGCGGUCGCAAGGCUCCCGCUAAGAGCGCAAAGAAAGGCGGUUCGACCUCUCGCAAAGCCCCGCCAGAGACGACUCCCGUUCCGGAGACUAAGCCGGUGCUGCAGUCGAUUAGCUCCGUUCAAAGGGCUGAAUCCGAGAUCGAGGGUAGUCAAGGUCAAUCCACUCCUCCUCCCGGUAUUCUGACUCCAGUCGGAGGUCACGGUUCGGGGAGUAUUGCAGGGGCUGGUAGCGAGGCCAUGGACAUGGAUCUACCUGGUUUGCCUUCGCAGACCCUGGUUCCCGAGUACGAGGAUGAAGAGUAUAAGCUCUGGAAACAGAAGACCAAAAAGGACCGUGCAAUGCUCGCUGCUACUCGACAUAAACUCUUUCGUGGAGACAAGCUGAAUGCGGAGGAGACUGCUUUGCUCCGAAGCAAGGCAGGCAUGCGGCGAUGGCAGCGGAUUCAGCAAGAAGCAGCGGGGAAAGAUGUUGCAGACCUUGGCACUAACGUCUCGGAACGAGAUCGGACCCUCGCUGAAGGCAUGGAGGCGGAAGAAGAGAGCACAUUGCCUGAUUAUUAUGAUUCUCUGGCCGCCAUACCUGACCUCAAUCCGCGUUUAAGGUGGGAGCAAGACACUGAAGGCCAAGCCAUUGAACAUGGCGAGGAGUACUUGAGACUCCUUCCUCCGAAACAAUUCGUAGCGCCUGAAAGUCGGCUGGCCAAGAAGAUGGAUGCGAACAUGCGACAAAUACAGGAGACCCGAAAAGUCGUUUCCAAGAUCGGCGUUGUGAAACAGAUGCAGCUGCAGUCUCAAACAUAUCAAAACCAGUUUCAGAAGUAUCAGCUAGACCCUUUUGUCGAAGCUGACAUUCCCAAUCACGUCAUGUCGGACGCAGGACCAGUAAUGGCGCCCUACGUCUGCAAAGCAGCUUUUCAACGCUCAAUUGGCAAGAUUUUCUUCCAUGCUGGUUUUGAGGAGUUUCAACCUUCGGCACUCGAUGCGAUGACGGACCUUGCGACCGAAUUCUUCCAGAAUCUGUGCUCCUCGCUGGCAAACUACAGAGAAGACUACCGGAUCCCUGUGGCACAAUCAAUCCCUGCCGGGCAAGGACAGAAACGUGAUGUCGAGUUCAAAUGUCCGAACACGUUAGAAGAGGCGAUCUUGCACUCUCUACACUCAAGUGGAUUGUCGCUCAAUGACCUGGACGUCUAUGCUCGGGAAGAUAUUGACCGGACUGCUACGCGCCUGACCAUGAUGCAUGAUAGAAUGAAGGCACAUCUUACUGAUCUCCUUCGACCUGCUUUGACGGACGAUACAGCUCAUGGUCAAGGAACGUUUGAAGAUGGUGGCGAGCAGUACGUCGGUGGUGACUUUGCAGGUGAUCUUGACGAAGACUUCUUUGGUUUCCGAGAACUUGGUCUCGACAGAGAGUUCGGCAUGGCCAGUCUUACAGUGCCCUUCCAUAUCUUGCAGAAUCGUCUUGGCAUGAGCAACCAACAAGCCAGCACUACCGAUGCCGCAGAGAAGAUGUUUACGGAACCUCCUCGCUGGCCAAAGAUCACUGCCGAUAACGUGGACGAACAGAUCGGACUGGUUCGAGAUUGGUUCAGAAAACGUCUGCGCGAAAACGGUGAUCGGCCGUUGGUGGAGGAUCUUGAACUCCCUCUGAAGCAAAGGCCAGGCUAUGGUCGGGCAAGGAUACCAGCUAGCGGUAAGAUCGGAGAGGGCUCUGCGAAGAAUGCUAGCCCGAUGAAAAAGGCACCUGUGAAGGCUGCUCCCGCCCCUAAAGCUGCGGCAGCGGCAACAGCAACUCCCGGUGAUAAGGGGAAGAGGAAGUCCGUUGUCACCAAUGGAACAGGUGAAGACGCUUCCAUGGUCAAUGGCAUCAAUCCAUCAACGCCUGGUCCGGGUGGUGAUGGUAGCCCAGAGAAAAAGAGACCUAUCUUGAAAGCGAAGAUGUCUACUUCAGAUCUCAAGGGCUCUGAAAAGGACAACACUCCAGCAACAGAUACUAUUGAUGGCACUCCAGAGGUGAACGGGCUUCCGAAAUUAGACGGGGCAGUUGAUGGCGACGCGAGUAUGAUGAGCCCGGAGAGCCUGUAA